AUGAGGUCCAGGCCAUUCUGGGGCCAUGGGAUCACUGGCGGCGGCGAUGACCAUGGUGGCGGGGGAAAAGAAGAAGCCGAGGGGACGAAGAGCAGUACAAGAGCAUCUCUGGAGGAGGAGUUGUCUACCACGGAGACUGCUGGCGGGAUCACGAGCAAGGUCAGCUCCAGCACGGCCGCCACUGCCAUGGCACCUCAACACGUCCGCAGCCUCGGCGAGAGCCGUCGGGACAGACCGCCGCCGCCGCCACCAUUUGGGAUUGCACCGCCCCCCGCCCUGACCGCCGCCGCUUCCACGGCUCUCGCCGUGGCGCACCGAGACCGAGCCGCACACGCCGCAUGCCAGCCAGCGCGAGGCCCCCUGGCGACGAGUACGGUGUUUGGGCACUAUCCCGCUUGUGGACACCAUGCAGACGGUGGUGGCAUUGGCUGGGUGGACGUCAGGCACACCAGCGGCAAGGGCACGGGUGCCUCUAGUGCCGCUCGAGACGUCCGUAGGCUCGGCGAGAGCCGCCGGAACAGCCCACCGCCGCCGUCGUUUAGUAUUGCACCGCCAACCGCCCUGACAGCCGCCGCUUCCACGGCUAUUGCCAUGGCAUACCGACACCAAGAAGAACUGGCCGCACACGCCGCACGCCAGGAAGCGCAAGACACCCAGGCGGCAGGCACCAUGAAAAUCUGUGGGGUAGGUUGUGGACACAAUGUCGAGGGUGAUCAUGUUGGCUGGGUGAAUAUCAGAGACGUCAGUGGCCGGGGCAUGGGUGUCUCUACUGCCGCUCGGUACCUCCGCAGCCUCGACGAGAGCCGCCAGAACAGGCGGUCACCGUUGGUUAGUAUUGCACCGCCCACUGCCCUGACGGCCGCCGCUUCCACGGCUCUAGCCGUGGCAUACCGAGACCAACUGGCUGCACACGCCGCACGCCAGGCAGCGCGAGUCCCCCUGGCGGCAAGCACCAUGAACGUGUUUGGGCACUACCCUGGUGGUGGACACCAUGGCGAGGGUGACGACACUAGCUGGGUGGAUAUCAGAGACGCCAACGGCAAGGGCACGGGUGUCUCUAGUGCCGCCAGGCGCUCUUACCCCUCGUGCUCGAUCGUUGCGGCUUCCAUGGCUUUCGCGGCAAACCAGCCUUUCAGAGCUCCUCCGGUGGCUAGCGCCGCGGAGACCGCGCACCACCUCGUCGAGAAGGGCGCGGGUGGCUCUAGUGUCGCCAGGCGCUCUUACCCCUCAUUCUCGAUGGCCGCCGUUCCCGUGACUUUCGCGGCGAACCAGUCUUUCGGAGCUCCUCCGGCGGCUAGCGCCGCGGUGACCGCGUACCACCUCGGCGGUGGACACCUUUCUGGCAAGGGUUCAGGUUCCUCCGGUGCGGUCAGAUUCUCUUCUGCGGCAGGUAGCAGCACCGGCGCAGCAGGUGAAGGGACGGAUGGAAAGCCGGCACACCUGGAAAGAGCGGGGACCCAAGCCCCGAAAAGCGGCACGAGGAAACCGGCGCAGAAGCGGCACCCCUGGGGCGGGAAAGACUGGGCAGGCCACCCUUUAUCCAAAAAGCUCCAGAAACACGUCAAGGAGAACGACAAGGCGUGGAGGAUGCAAGGCGGAAUCAUGAUGGGAGCUGACGGCAGCCAUUUCUUUUGCAGUGUCUGCGGAUAUCCGGGUGAACUCACAUGCUGCGACGAGUGCCCCCGUGUCUUCCACCUGGGGUGUCUGCGCGUCAGGCUGAAUAGCCAGCAAGCCGCCGCCGGCCAAACCACAGAUGAGACGUGGCACUGCCCCGUGUGUACCGAGGGCCGGGGCAACCAAUCUGGUCGUCGGGGUGAGCCUCAAUUGACCUACCAUUUUCUGCGCGGAAGUAUUGGUGCAUUUGUUCUCCUCCUGCUGUCAACACCCCCGGUAACUUUCAGAUCUAGCAGAGUAUGCUGUGCACGUGUAUUGCGGAGCCCCUCCAAGACGUUCCGUCUUUAG